CCGGAUGAUACCGGAAGUAUCUACGUGUUCAUUUUCGCGACAGUUCAGGAAGCAUCUAUCUACUGAUAUAGCUAACUACAGAUUCAGAAACAAGUUGGUGCUUUCUCCUGCAAAGGAGUACCACAAAACAGCACCAUGUUGCCGACCAUCUUGCCGGACAGCAAUGGCGCCCUUGGUGCUAGGGAUGCUGCACGUCACACAGCGGGCGCCAAGCGCUACAAGUACCUGCGACGGCUGCUCCGUUUCAAACAGAUGGACUUUGAAUUUGCCCUGUGGCAGAUGCUUUACUUGUUUACGUCACCACAGAGAGUCUACCGCAACUUCCACUACAGGAAACAGACCAAGGACCAAUGGGCCAGGGACGACCCAGGUUUUCUUGUACUGCUUAGCAUCUGGCUAUGUGUGUCCACAAUAGGCUUUGGUCUGGUGCUGGACAUGGGAGCAGUAGAGACUCUAAAGCUGCUUUUGUGGGUGGUUUUUGUUGACUGCAUAGGAGUUGGCCUUCUCAUAUCAACCCUCAUGUGGGUUAUAAGCAACAAAUACCUGCUGAAACAUCCCAGCAAAAAUUUUGAUGUAGAGUGGGGCUACGCAUUUGAUGUUCACCUCAAUGCCUUCUACCCUCUUCUAGUCAUCCUGCAUUUCCUGCAGCUCUUCUUCAUCAACCAUCUUGUGGUAAUAAACUCCGAUUGGUUCGUGGGAUACUUUGUCGGUAACACCAUGUGGCUAAUAGCCAUUGGUUAUUAUGUCUACAUCACGUUUUUAGGGUACAACGCUCUACCCUUCCUGAAGAACACGGUGGUGCUGCUCUACCCCUUUGCUCUGCUCGGCCUCAUCUACGUCCUCUCUAUCUCUCUGGGCUGGAACUUCACUAAGGGUCUCUGCUGGUUUUACAAGUACCGCGUCCAGUAGGACCAGUUUGUCUCUGAGGUUGGACACUACUUGGCUCCAGGCCGUCUCAAAAUCUGUUUUCAACUCACAUCUAGCUGACAACAAAUCCAUUUCCAGCUUCUCUCAGUCAACAUCUGUUUGGGAAGAGCUCUGGUUGACUCUCAUCAAACGGGGACGCCGGCUGUUUUGGCGCAGAGCAGAGAUGACUGUUCAUCUCUCAAUAGACCCUGUUGAUUUUCUGUGUGGCUCUUAUGUUGAGCUGGAGCUCCGAAGUCAGUAACAGUGAUGUGUUUGGACUAGUUGCAGAAAUGGGGGCAGAUGUGCUACAGCUUUUAUUGUUGUUCUUUUUGUAUGAUUUGUAAAUAUUCAGGUAGGUUGUAAUAUAUACCCAGACGAUUGUUUCUGAAGAGUAAACAUUUGCUUUAUUUCUUUGAGUUUUCUUUAAAGAAAAAAAU